CUUGGAAGUAAAAUCGCUUGAGAUUUCUGGACAAAUUUUCUAAUGAUUGUAUGUGAAUUAAAUCUAACAUGAGGAGUAUGUGAUUGAAAUGUGGAGGUGAUAUGUUAAAAUUAUGUCAACAGAGAAUUCACCAGAUGAACAUAUCCCUAUGGGAGCAUUAAAUCACCCGUCUCGACACAGAACAGGCUAUGUGGAAAGACUGAAAAUUCAGAAAAAUCGACUAAAAAACCUUCAUAUUACAGAAGAUACUAGUUCAGCUGUCAGUAAAAUAUUACCAAAGAUCAAGAAAAGUGAGUUAGAUAGAGUAAAUACUACAGCUUUAUCUCGAGGUGGUACAUUAGAAUCUAUUAAAUUACCAUCAGUAUUAUCAGCUUAUACAGAUAAAUCAUCUAAAUCUAUUCUUACCAGUCUUAAUUCUAAAUAUCGAAAAAAAGAUGAAGUUUUUGUAAAACCAUUUAGUUUAUUUCCAGAACAAACUAUGAUAUUAUCUAAAUCACUACCAAGUUUACCAUCAAUACCAGGCUCUCCAGGACUAGAUGAUUUAACUUCUGUUAUAGAUGAUGAAAUAGUGUAUCAACCUACUCCAGUUUAUCAUGGUAAACAUAAAUACCAGACAAUAGCUGUACGUAAACAAUUAGAAAGACGUAAACAAGACCCAGAUGAACUGAAUUCCGUUAGAAGUGAUCAACAUUAUAUUAAAAAUAAAUCUCUUGCAGUGCUUCCAUUAGAAAAAGACAAUAGUUUUGUCAGUACACAGAGUGUUCCAAUGAAAAGAAACAAUGACAUUGAUAAAAGAACUCUACCUAGACGCUAUCGUAAACGUGAUAAAAACACAGAUAAAACUAGACGUUUCCGUUCACUCGAUGCUAGAAGUGAUGCUAUGAGUGUUAAAAGUGACAGUAUAUUAAACAGUGUACAGCCUAAAUGGAAAGAUGACUGUGAUUGCCUACGUUGUAAGAUGAUUAAAAGACAGUUUAAAGAUGGUGAUGAUAGUUAUAAAGUUUGGGGACAAUAUCCUUGUCAACACAAUGAUGAUAUUUUAUUAAAUUAAAUCUUUAAUUUUCUCAUAAUUAUACAUUGAUUAGAACAAUUAAAUUAAAAUAAUCAUUAAUCUUUAGAAUUUCAAUCUGAUUAAAAUGCAGGUCUAAAU